AUGGAAGACAGAUUACAGCAAAGGGUACGGGAGACUUUGUCACUACCGAAAGUCUUCGACCGGCUGGACUCCUAUUUUCUAUUCUUUUCGGCAUGGUACAGACGCGUUUCCAAGGACUACACAUUACAAGAACCGGAGGAAUAUGAGAAGGAGCGUCAGAAUGCCGCCUUUAUCGUCGACAAUGAUUCAAACACGGGCGAGGAGGUUGUGAGAGUGACCAGAGAUCACGUGCCUUGGGUGGUGCUUGCUGCUCACUUCAUGACGGGGUGCUCUACGAAUGCUACUUACGUGAGCGAACUGCUAGAGAAACGACUCAACAUUGGAAGAAUUCCGAAGGAGAUGGUUGAGAGUAUCAUUGCAUGGAGUAUAUCUGGCAUGCAUAUGGACGAGAAGCUGGCAUUGCAAGCUCUGGAGGCACGGCUUGACGAGACGGAGAGUGGCAGGGCCUUGACCCAAAGCUUGAAGGAUAAGAUGCAGAGGACGAUUUGGGACAAGGUGUUUCAGCAUCAUCUGAAGAAUUCGCAAUUAAACCCAAUCUGCGAACGACCCGGAGUUGUGUUUUUUGCCCUGUUUCCUUUGUCUAACGCGAAUGGAUAUUCUCUGCUCUUCAUCGAUUAUCUCACCAAGGCUGCCACAUUCAGCAUACCUUGCAAACCCAAAAACGCGCUGGACCUGAUCAGGGACAUUCGGGUCGCCGUUUUGGAUCAUUUAAGAGCAUACGGACAGCCCUUGGCCCUAAUUUGCAUGAACCCCUGUCGAGGAACGAACGGAUGGCUUGGAAGCGUACUUCAGAAGGCAUUCAAGCACAUGGUACCUUUCGAUACGGUAGUGUCCAUCUACGAACUUCGGGCCCGCUCACUUCCAUCCCGAAUAGCUGAAGUUUUCGAAGAAGCAACUACAGCUGUGAGAGACCCCAAUGAUACCUUGAAAAAUAGCCAACCAUUCUGUUUCCUCAGAACCCAGAACACCCACGAGACUUGGGAGCAUCUCGUGUUGGGCCAUUUUAUGACUCUUCAGAAUCGCUCCUUUGUAAGACAUCCUCGAGACCUGGAGUCGGGUGCUACAUCUGAUAAUAUGAAUAUCUGUUUUCACAUCAUCUACGAAGUGAAUCUCUCUCUGCCUUCAUCUAAGAUAAGCAACGAGGCAUGGUCUUGUAUAUUCUUUCCCAAUCCCUUUCCAAAAGCGAAGCUUGACCUAUUCAAGCCAGAGAAAAUGCCCAGAGCUCUCGAGAAUGAACUCAAGGAAGUUACAGCGCUAUCCCUCGAUUUCACACUUUCUCCCGAGACACCUGCUUUACCUGCAGACAUGCUGGAGUUUGAUGAGACUUCUAGACGCAUCGUUGCAUUUUGCUUCCGAAAGAGGCGUGACAGGGUCUUGCCGAAGAAUUUUGUGGAAGAGCUUGAGCUGAGAAAAAUCAAGAGAGCGAGAAAGGAUGCCGAGGAGUCGGAGAAGAGACCCGUUGAAGAAGCUGCUGAUAAGAAAAAGCAGCAGGAGGCUGAGAAACAGACUUCUGGUCUACAAAACGCGGAGGAGGAAAAGAUGCCACUUGCUGAAGAGCCUGCUGAGAGGCCGGCUGGAGAGAAACGACGAUUAACAGCAGAAGCCGAGAAACAAGGGCUGGCUGAAGCAGAAGCUGAGAAAUUGACGGUUACUGGAGUUGGACGCGUCAGACAGACUGAGGAAACUGAGAAACAGAUACUGGUCGGCGAGGAAGCUGGAAGAUUGCGACAAGCUGAGGAGGAGGAGAUUCAGGGAUUGGGUGAGGAGGAAGUGGAGGUGGAGAGGGCGAAGCCGGCUACUGAGGCUAAAGAUGCUGCUGAAGAUGAGAGCCAAAGACUUGCAGAAGAGUGUGAAGAGGUCGGGCGUCAUAGACAGACAGAGGAGGGGGAGCGACUCAGACUGACAAAAGAGGAGAGAACGAAGCAUGCUGACGAGGAAGAGAGGGCCAAACAGGCCGAUCAGGUUAUGGAGGCUAUGGCAUCUUUCACGGCCGAAAAGAAAAGACUUGCCGAGGAGGCCGAACGAGAAAGACUAGCCGAUAAGGCGGCCGAGGAGCAGAGGUUGGCGAUAGAAGCGGUAGACAUGGAAAGGGCUGAGGCAGAGGAACAGAGCCGGCAGGAGGUGGCCAUUUUGGACUCACCAGACGACAGCGAAUCUUCCCAGGAGAUACAGGUUGAGAAGACUGCUGCUGAGGAAGUGGCCGAGAAUCUCAGGGUCCAAGAGGAAUGGAGACGACAAGAGGCUGAAAGACAGAAGGAGAUUGAGGCCAUCCUAGCGGCUGAAAGAAAGGAGAAGGCUGCUAAGGAAGCUGAGGUUGAGGCCGAGACCAAAGCUAAUGCAAAUAUUGAGGCUGAAGCUGCUGACACCACUCUUACCGAAGAACGCCAAGCAGAUUUGGAGGAUGAAGAGGAUCUGCCCCCUACUAAUAACCCCAUUACAGCAUUCCUCAGAACUGUCAAGCUGGCUCUGAAUCGAGCACCACCACCUAGGAAAUAG